CAACACCUAUUACCAAGUAUACUAGAGAUUUUUUUGCAAAAGUCAAUAGUUCUACUGGCAGUGGUGGGUCCAAAGAUUCUGUUAACGUCGGCAGCGUCGAUGGUACACUUAAUGCUGGCAAAUAA